AGAUUCAAAAUAUGGUUUGUUUGUAUCUCCUCUUUGCACAACAGAAGACCGUAAGCCCAGAGAGAAAAUAGGUUAAGGUUUGUUAGAACUCAUUCUAACACAGGAAUAGUCAUUCCUUUGUGGUUAGACUGACACAACUAGUAAGUGCUCUUGCUUGUGAGAUAUAAUUUGAUAUUUAGUGGGUACCUACUUGUUCAACAGUUAGAGUUGCUUACCAGCAGCUUGACGAAGAUGCCUCCUCGUGGUCGGCAAGGUCGCCGUGACCAUCAAUCUGGUGGUGCAGCUGCAGCAGCAGCAGGUGUGGAAGCAGCAGCACACCCUUACCCCUUCUUUGAAGAGGGUCGUGCUCUCAAAGACCUGGAACAGAAAGCUGUGAACCUGGAAUUUGAAAGAGCAGCGCAAAGAGGCCGCCGGAAGACUCGCAAUCUUGUGCUGAACGUAAGCCGCCUACGCUACCCUAUUUCUGUAUCUGGAAACGAAGCAGCAUCACUGCAAUGUUUUUCGUAGCGAGAAGACAAGAUGCAUAGCUUCUAGAUGCAUAGCUUAUGAAAAUCGGUUAGGUGCAGAUUGGAAACAAACAGUUCUAAAAUUUUGACAGUGAUGCGGCACUCGAAGACUGUAUUACACCUUUUAUUGUCUUUUCCAGGUUUGGGAUUUGAUCAUCGCACGGAAGAACGGACGGGCAGCGACUGGGGGACUUGACGCGAACGUCAAGCGGCAAAUCCUCGAGUAUGGAGGGGAUCAACCUGUCGCGCUGACAGUGGCGCCCCGAUUCCAUCCGCAACGACUAGCGGAGAAAACGCGCGCCAAGCAUGCAGAAUUCUCGGAGAAAAUCUUAGAGAAUAUCAUGCUGGAAUGCGAGAAGGCGGCGUCGGAAGGACAUAAAUCCGUCUGGGUGAAUUGUAACGCCAAAGGGAUGAACAGCAUAGUGCCUGGAGCUACAAAUUGGACCAAAAUUUUCGAAGUUUUGCCUGGAUUGAAAGCCGCCAUCGUUGACGCGGGCUUCUCGCUCGAGUUUAACAUGAACAUUAAUUAUAUCAGUAUCUCCUGGCCACUUUGAACACCGACCGAGGGCUUGUCAGGGUUUGCGGCCAGGAUUUGUUGCCGUCAUCUUCUGGAGGUGGAGGCGUUUACUCGAGCUUGUGCCGUUCUCGUCGACCAUGGCCGAUCGAAGACUACGACACUGUAAACUUUUGUGACGAACAAGAUCAACACGGUAACGCGGUUAUUUAACGCACUUCCGAAAUGAACACGUAAGAUUAUAGGCAGUUGUAUUCGGACUUCUUUUACACAACAAAUAAUUGCAAGUGAAUGAAAAACUUCCCUCCACCGCAAUCGUGCACAGUUCUCAUGACUACAUGCCUGCAGCUACGCCCCAUUCAUAAGGAACCCGCCAAUUUCUUUCCGCAGACUUUGUUAUCUGAAGCUGAACAAGAAAAAAACCAUAGACGCACAAAGUAACUUAGAAGCAUUUGCAGCGCCCUCCGAAGAAAGCGAC